GCCUGACACAACAUAAAUAUUUUAGAGUGAACUUCUGACAUAUUACGAAAUCUAACUGCCAAAAGUCAUUGAAUCAUUUAUAAGAAACUUACUAUUGCUUGCGGGUUCAAACAGUGUUACAUCAUUUUAUAAAUAUAAAAGAACUAACUUCUCGAAAAAAAAAAAAAACAUAAUUCUACACAUUUAACUACCACAAUGGCAAUCACCAACAACGAUCUAAACCGGAUAUCAGCGUCGGACCUCCUUAAGGAAGCUGCGAAAAUCAAAGAGUUCAGAGGCGACGGGAGCUACGACAUAUCCUCUUUCAUUGGAGAGGUGGAACUGAUCCUGCCCUUGUUCGACGAGAACCAAGCUGUCAAAAAUUAUGUAUGGGAGAGACACAUAAAGACCAAGAUCCAAGGAGAGGCGCUCCAGAUAAUACGGACACUAAACAGAGACUCAUCGUGGGACGAAGUGAAGACAGAACUGAUACGGAACUUCGGAAUAAGGGAAAGCUACCACCAACUCUUCCACCAGGCCAUCACAACCAGGCAGUAUAAUGGGCAAUGGAUCCUGAAACUUUUGAUCCUGACAGCAAUUUGGACCCUGGGGCUGGGACAAGUAACAAUAGAUAAAAUAGAAAGCAACAAAGGAUAUAUAGAAAUACAAACAGGCGAUGCAGAUAUAGUUAAGUCAUAUGUAACAAUAUUACACGUUAUAAAUCCACUAGAAAUAUCAAAUUUACUUAAUGAAAAUAGAAUCUAA